AAUUGUCUUCAAUUGUAUAUUUCAUCAUUGUUUUGAUUGAUUGAAAUUUUUGAAAUCUAAAACAAAACAAAAAAAAAUGUUUGCCAAUGAAAAUUUUACCGCUGCUCAUCGAAUCGUUGAUGAAAUACAAGAUUCAUUGUUUCGACGAUUAGAAUCAUGUAAGGAUUCCGUACAAGCACAAGCAAUUGAAGGUGCUAUCGAUGAACGGUUGAAAUCAUUGGAACAAUAUGUGGAUAGAAUUGAAAUUUCCGUUAAUAAAACAUCAGGAUCGCAAAGGAAUACGAUGAAAUUGAAAUUGGAUCAAUUAAAAUAUGAUCAUAAACACCUGUUAAGUUCAUUCCGUACAUUACAUCAACGAAGAUUACAUCGUGAACGUGAACACCGUGAACGUGAAGAAUUACUUACAAGACGUUUUACAACGAAUGCUGAAUUACGUUCACAAAAUAAUGAUACACAAAUUGAUCUUGGUGUUCAAGAAUAUUUUGAUCAAGAACACAAUAAACUUGGUGGUUUUAAUCGUCAUGUUGAUGAAAUGAUCACAACCGGUUCUACUGUAUUAUCAACACUUCGACAACAACGAUCAAUGUUGAAAAAUACAAGAAAAAAUCUUCUCGAUACAUUGAACAGUAUUGGUUUAUCGAAUUCAGUAAUGCGUUUGAUUGAAAAACGACAUAUUGGUGAUAAAUUCGUUCUAUUUGGUGUUCGAGAAUUCAUCGAUCUGGCAAAAGAAGUGGCCAACAUGAAUGAAGAACAAGCAUUGGGUUUUUUGACGGCAUUAGAUUUUCAAUUAAAAGAAUGUACACAAAUAUUGAGCCAAAUGUCAUUUGCACCACAACCAAUGGAUUAUGCUGAACGUGCACAUAUUGAACGUUUCAUUUUCACUGAACAUAAAUUAGAUAUGAUCAAAAUUAUGAUCAAUGAUGAUGAUAUUGUCAAUAAAUUAUUCUAUCUAUAUUAUACUAAACAAAAUCGUCCACCAAGUGUUUCCGAGGUGUUGAUGAUUAAUCGUGAAGAAGAUACAACUAUUUUCGAUCUAAUUAAUGAUCAAAUUGAAUGCAAUCGAAAUGUGGACAAUAAUAAUUGCUUAGAUUUGGCCACAAUUAUUGGCGAAUGUUAUCAACAAAAAACGGAGAAUCCAAAAUUCGAUAUAACACGAUUAGAAUGUUUCCAGGAACGUCGUGAACAAAUCAAUGAAUUACGGCGACAAACACAACAAUUACAGCAACGAAAUUUAAUUGAAACUUGUAAAUUACGAAAAAAUAGUAUGGAUUAUUUGAAAUUUUUACAUUUCCUCAAAAAGUGUAAAAGUAAUUCCAAAUGGAACAUUUAUGAAGUAAUCAUCCUAUUGGCUAUUAUGGAUUUUAUUCGUCCAAAAUUUGAUGCAUUUAUAUUUUCAAAAAUAUUGCAAACAAAAACACCUGAACAAUGUCAACGAUUUUAUCAAAAACAUUUUGCUUUUCUAAAACAAGCAUCCACAAUUACCGUACCAAAUGAUCGUAUUGAAGCCAUACGAAUGUAUAUGCAAUUACCAGAAUUACAGCAUACAGCAUUGUUGUCUAGACCAGCAGCAGCAGCACAAAAUAUGUCAAGAAUGAAAUCAAAUUCAUUGUUUAAAAAAAUAACAGAUAAAUAUCAAGUUUAACAAGUUGUCAAUGACAAAUCGACAUUCCACGAAAGAUAACGAUGUUUUUUUGUUGUUGGAAAAAAACAACAUGUGUUGACCACUUGACAUCGACAACAACAACAACAACAAC